AUGGACCCAAGCCCCUCCCCUGUCCUCACUCUCCCACCUGAACUCCGCAACCAGAUACUCGAAACACUCUUUUUCGGUGCUCAGCUCUCCACCCUCUACAAACACCAUCGCCGCAAUCCUUUCCAGCGCGCCAACUACGGUGUUCUGGCCGCCAACAAGCAGCUCCACCGCGAAGCCUCGAACAUCCUGUUCCACGGUGCAGUGCUGCGACUAGACAUAGCUCAAGAAAUGAUCAAUUGUCUCCCGUCACUCGUGACGAAGACUGUCAUCCCAGUCUGGUCCUGGUUUAUCCGCGAUAGGUAUCGCGACAAGGGGACUGAUCUGGAAUUUUUGCAGUGCUGGCAAGGGCUUAGGAGGGUGAGGCACUUUGAAAUGAGCAUACUUUCAGAGCUCAAGAUAGACGGGCUGCCGAUGGUGACUGAAGAGGGUCCGUGGCGAUACCUGAAGGCCUGUGGAAUCGCCAUUGCCUUUCUCAAUGGAUUGCCAGAUGUCGAAAGCUUGACAAUAUACACAGACGCAGAUGGGUCCCCUUGGAUGAACAAGUGCAAGGAGAAGUUGCGCGCGAUGACAAUUGCGAAGCCUGUAAUACUGGGAACGGGUGACUGUUGUGGGCAUCCGCCUUGA